ACUAAUCACAAACAAAUUAAAAUUUGUGCGGCUUCGUCCAGUUUGUCCUAUAAAAACUCGGCUCUGCUCCUCCCAAUCAUCACAGAGCUCGUCUGCCUUAGUGUGCCUGCCACUUCAGUGUAUUAAGAAUCUUUAGUUUCCAUCCAAAUCUCCACCAUGUACAAGUUUCUGGCAGUAUUUGUCCUGAUCGCCUGCAUGUGUCUGGUGGCUGAAGCACAGCUGACCUUCACGUCCAGCUGGGGAGGAAAGAGAGCAGCCAUCGCUGGAACUGUGUCCUGUAGGAACGACGAAGCUAUUGCGGCCAUUUAUAAGAUGAUUCAGAACGAAGCUGAAAGAUUUAUUUUAUGCCAGAAGCCUUGAAGAAAUUGACCAGACAAUGCACAA